ACUUCCCUUUGCAUAUAUAAUUGCAUGUGAAUUGAACCCACAGAUGGAGUUGGAGUUGCAGAGAGGCAACAUGGCUAAAGACGAGGAGAAGCAGGAGAAGAUAGAGGAUAUUCAAAGGAAGAAGCUUGGAGGGAUCAAAACAAUGCCUUUCAUCCUUGGAAAUGAAAUAUGCGACAGAUUCGCCACAACUGGUUUCCAUGCCAACAUGAUAACGUACCUGACGCAAGAGCUUAACCUGCCGCUGGUAAAGGCCUCCAACACCCUCACCAACUUCAGUGGAACGGCCAGUCUCACGCCAUUGAUUGGUGCUUUAAUUGCUGACUCCUUCGCCGGCCGCUUUUGGACCAUCAUCGCCGCUUCUAUUAUCUAUGAAAUGGGAUUGGUUAGCAUCACCAUAUCAGCAGUAGUGCCAAAGCUCCGACCUCCACCUUGUUCAACUCAAGAGAGCUGCAAGGAAGCUUCAGAAUUGCAGCUUUGGGUCCUCUACAUCUGUCUCCUCCUUACAUCUAUUGGCUCAGGUGGCAUUAGGCCUUGUGUAGUUACAUUUGCUGCAGACCAAUUUGACAUGACCAAAUCAAGUGUAGCUUCUCGAAGCUGGAAUUUCUUUAAUUGGUACUACUUUAGCAUGGGAAUGGCAACAUUAACUGCUCUAACUGUAGUGGUUUACAUCCAAGAUAAUGUGGGUUGGGGCUGGGGUCUUGGAGUCCCAACCAUAGCCAUGGCCUUGUCAAUCUUAGCCUUUUUGCUGGGUUCCCCUCUUUACAAAAGAUUGAAACCAGGGGGUAGCCCUUUGGUUAGAUUGGCUCAGGUGGUUGUUGCAGCCCUGAAAAAGAAGAAACAGGUUGUGCCAGAAGAUCCGGGGCUCUUGUAUGAAAAUAGAGAGCUCGAUGCUGCUAUUUCUGUGCAUGGAAGGCUUCUACACUCAAAUCAAUUCAAGUGGUUAGAUAAAGCUGCAAUAGUAACAGAAGGAGACGCAGCAGAUUCAAAGCCACCAAAUCUAUGGAGGCUUGCCACUGUCCAUCGAGUGGAGGAGUUAAAAUCCAUUAUCCGAAUGCUACCCAUAUGGGCUGCCGGAAUUUUACUCGUUGCCUCAUCUUCACACCAGCAUAGCUUCACAAUCCAACAAGCUCGCAGCAUGGAUCGUCACCUGUCCCGGUCCUUCCAAAUCCCUCCGGCCACUUUAUCCGUCUUUGGCAUCAUAACCAUGCUCAGUGGCCUUGUUCUAUACGAACGUCUGUUCGUACCCUUUGCUCGCCGGUUCACCGGAAACCCAUCAGGCAUCACAUGCCUGCAAAGAAUGGGAGUAGGCUUUGUGGUAAACAUUCUUGCCACCAUUGUUGCAUCACUCGUUGAGAUCAAGAGAAAAGCAGUUGCUGCGAAUCAUAACUUGUUGGAUGAUCCAAAAGCUGUAAUCCCCAUAAGUGUUUUCUGGCUGGUGCCUCAGUUCUGCCUCCAUGGUGUAGCCGAAGUUUUCAUGUCCGUUGGGCACAUGGAGUUUCUCUACGAUCAGUCACCAGAAAGCAUGAGAAGCAUGGCCGCGGCUCUUUACUGGAUAGCAAUAUCUAUGGGAAAUUAUGUGGGCACGCUGAUGGUGUCACUGGUUCAUGAAUAUUCUGGCAAGAAAGGCAACUGGCUGCCUGAUAGGAACCUCAAUAGGGGAAGAUUGGAGUACUAUUAUUGGCUUGUUAGCGGAGUACAAGUCAUUAAUCUCAUAUAUUAUGUGGUUUGUGCUUGGUUUUAUACAUAUAAGCCAUUGGAAGAGGUUGGCGAGAUUAUGUGCAACAAAGAUCCAAUCUCGUCUGUGAUAUUGUUGGAUAAGAAUGGGGGUGAAGAGACAAAUUAGGAUUGUUGAUAAAAUAUUAGUACAUGACAAUGUAGCACAAAUUAAUGAAGCUUUUUUCAGUCUUUCGAUCCUCAA